AUGACGUAAUGCACCGGAUGCUGCAGGACGAAGGGGGGAAAGUGAUGGAGGCGAGGAAGGUGGAGGAGUGAGGAGUUGUCAUCCCCUUUUACACGAUCUUCGGCCCUUUCCCAGGUGGAGGACUUUCUCUCCGGAGUUCCAAGAAGGUGCCAUCGGAACCAAUGCGGCUUGGAUCCCAAUCACCACCAUCAUCAUCAUCACCGUCACCAUCAUCACCGCCCUGACGAGCAAUGGCGGGCCCGGAGCAGCAGGUGGAGGAGGAGAAGGCCGAGCGCAUCGAUGACGCCGAGCUGGCGCUGCAAGGCAUCAACAUGCUGCUCAACAACGGCUUCAAGGAGAGCGACCAGCUCUUUCGGAGAUACAGGACCCAGAGCCCGCUGAUGAGCUUCGGGGCCAGUUUUGUCAGCUUCCUGAACGCCAUGAUGACGUUCGAGGAGGAGAAGAUGCAGACGGCCUGCGAUGACCUGAGGACCACGGAGAAGCUGUGCGAGAGCGACAGUGUGGGCGUGCUGGAGACCAUCAGGAACAAGAUCAAGAAGAACGUGAGUGCCGGAAGAAAGGCGGAGUGUGGCAAUACGGUGCCGGAGGUUUUUUUCUUGUGUGCGCAGAUGGACUCCCAGAGGUCGGGGGUGGUGGUCGUGGACCGCCUGCAGAGGCAGAUCAUCGUGGCCGAUUGUCAGGUCUACCUCGCCGUGCUCUCCUUCGUCAAGCAGGAGCUUUCAGCGUACAUGAAGGGCGGCUGGAUCCUGCGCAAGGCCUGGAAGAUGUACAACAAGUGCCACAGCGACAUCAGCCAGCUGCAGGCGGGCGGCGAGUCUCCGCCCGCCGACAACGCCAACCACAAGCCGGCGGCGGUGGACAACGAGGCCCUGGAGCGCCUGAAGGGCUCGGUCAGCUUCGGCUACGGCCUGUUCCACCUGUGCAUCUCCAUGGUGCCGCCGCACCUGCUGAAGAUCAUCAACCUGCUGGGCUUCCCCGCCGACCGUAUCCAGGGCCUCUCCUCGCUGAUGUACGCCAGCGAGAGCAAGGACAUGAAGGCGCCGCUCGCCACGUUGGCCCUCUUGUGGUACCACACGGUAGUGCUGCCUUUCUUUGCGCUGGACCACACGCACAGCGGCCUGGCGGAAGCUAAAGAUAUCCUGCAGAGGAAGUCGCUGGUUUACCCAAACUCCUCCCUCUUUAUGUUCUUCAGGGGGCGUGUCCACCGGCUGGAGUGCCACAUCAACAUUGCUCUGGCUUGUUUCCACGACGCAUUAGAACUGGCUUCAGACCAAAGAGAGCUCCAGCACGUGUGUCUGUAUGAGAUCGGCUGGUGCAGCAUGAUCGAGAUGAACUUUGAGGACGCCUACCAGGCCUUUGAGCGGCUGAAAAACGAGUCGCGCUGGUCGCAGUGCUACUACGCCUACUUAACGGGAGUGUGCCAGGGCGCCUCGGGUGAUCUGGACGGAGCCAGCCGAGUCUUCAAAGACGUCCAGAAGCUGUUCAAGAGGAAAAACAACCAGAUUGAGCAGUUUGCCGUCAAAAGGGCGGACAGGCUGAGGAAGAUCUCGCCCAGCAGGGAACUUUGCAUCCUGGGCGUCAUCGAAGUCUUGUAUCUGUGGAAGGCUCUUCCUAACUGCUCCUCCACCAAGCUGCAGAUCAUGAACCAAGUGUUGCAGCGUCUGGACGACACGUCUUGCAGAGGCCUCCAACAUCUCCUCCUGGGCUCCAUCCACAAGUGUCACGGGAACCUGAGGGACGGCGUGCAGUCGUUCCAGAUGGCGGCCCGAGACCAAUACGGACGGCAGAUGAAUUCCUACGUUCAGCCGUACGCCGUCUACGAACUGGGCUGCAUACUGCUCGCCAAGCCAGAGACUGUGGGCAAAGGGAGAUCCUUCUUACUUCAAGCCAAGGAGGAUUUCACAGGCUACGACUUUGAGAACAGGCUUCACGUGCGCAUCCACUCGGCCUUGGCCUCGCUGAAGGAAGUCGUGCCCCAGUGACUCCAGCGUUCUCACACCACCUACAACUCCCUGGCCUCCAGGCCCCGUGGUAAACCUUCUUUGGUGUGCGAGUUGGUGUCUUUAACGCCAUAAAAUAGGGAAAAAUGCACACGAAGAAACAGUGUUUUAACGAAACCACAAUUUCUGCCAAAAAACCCGACAGGAACCACUUUGGUUGCGCAUCCGUUCUUCAAUAAAGUGGGAGAUAGGUUUAUAUUUACAUGCUCAACGUGUUUAAAAUUGUCAUUCUUAUGUUUGUGGACGCACAAAAUGCGAUCGAGCCAGGCCUUGAAGUCUCGUGUAAAAUUCCUAAUUCAAAUAGAAUUCGAAUCGGAAGGACCGGAAGUGGAUUUUUAAGCAACUUAAUGUGUUUUAGCCAAGUAACAGGAAUAAUUGAAAACAUUUAGCAAAGAUUUCGACUUAAAUCUUAAAACACCUUCUACACAUUCGCAAUAAACGUACCAGACAAUGCAAUUUUAAUAGAAAUUGCGGUUAAAAAAGCUACAAAGCUAACAGUUAAGAUGCUAACAUGCUAACAUGCCAGUAAGAUAGCGCCAAGUAUUCAUGACUUUUAGUUUGACACGGACAACAUUGGCUAAAAUUUUAACAGAUAGCAUGCUAACAGUUUUUUUGUUAUACUCUUGGGCAGGGGUCGGGAACCUUUUUAGCUGAGAGAGCCAUGAAAGCCAAAUAUUUCAAAAUGUAUUCACGUGAGAGCCAUAUCAUAGUUUUUAACACUGAAUACAACUAAAUGUGUGCAUUUUUAAGUAAGACCAACAUUUUUAGAGUAUGAUAAGUCUCUUAUUCUUUUUAAUAACAUUGUUAUUCUGAAGCUAACCAAUAAUAAACCAAAUGUCAUGUCUGUUGAUCAUGUUUUUGUUUGGCCAUGUGCUGUUUGUCCUUUGGACUCUUUAAGUUCCUGUUUUUUUCCACUCCCUUGUCUGGUUUCCUUGGUUACUCAUUUUGUCCACCUGUCUCUGGUGGACAAAAUGCCCGCUCACCUGCUUCCCGAGCAUUAAUCAGAGGCAGUAUUUAAGCUCGUCUUUGCCAGUCAGUCGCCCUGUGCUGACUUGUUUCAUGCCUUGCCAUAGUUUCGUGCUUCAUGCCAUGCCAAGUAAGUUUUGUUUGAUUUAUGUUCUUAGUCUGUUUAUGCGUUAGCUUUGUUCUUUAGCCCAAGUUGUGCCUCCGCUGUGAGCGAUUUUUGUUUGUAUAUUUUUUUUGUUAAAAUUCAAUCAUGUUUUUACCUAAAUGCCAUGUCCCGAGUAGUCCGUCUGCCUUCCUGGGAGAACGACCUCGCAGCAAACACCCCCCCCCGCCAUUGUGACAUAAAAUACUUCUUACCAUUAAUGUGACUUCUUGAACUGGUGCGGUACAAAACGGAUGGAUGGAUUUAAAUGUAUGAGAAUGUUUUGUAUUUUGCAGGUUAUUUUUAGCACUGUGAUUACCAGCGAAAUUAUUCAUAAUUAUCGCGUUAAGCAAUGUCAGCUAAGAUUUAUCUGAGAGCCAGAUGCAGUCAUCAAAAGAGCCACAUCUGGCUCUAGCGCCAUAGGUUCCCUACCCCUGCUCUUGGGUGUACCUUGCCUUCUACCCGAAUGCAGCUGGGGUAGGCUCCAGCCACCCUGAGAGGGACCAGCGGUAGAAAGUGGAUGGAUGGCUGGAUGUACUUUUACACAAAAGAGCCCCAUUGAGAUUAAAGAAACCGUUUUUCAUUCGCAUUUCUUCAGUGACCUGCCCAAAGACACAACGGCAGUGACUAGAAUGCCAGAACCUAGAUUUGUACCAGGAACCUAUAAGUUUCUGUAUAACCACUCUUUCCAUCUGAGAAAUGUGCUACUUUACUGUACACUACACUUGUACUUUGAUACCAUAGGUAACAUUUCAAGAGUUCGUAUGCUAACAAAGCAUGCUAGCAAGAUCGCACCUAGCAACAAUAGCCAUGACUUUUAGGUUUAUACAGAUAACUUUGGCUAAAAUACUAACAUACUAGCUGUUAGCAUCCUCUAUGAAAACGGUUUGCAUGUUAGUAAGAUAGUGUCAAGUAACCAUAGUCACCAACAAAAUUGGGUACAAUUUCAACAGUUAGCAUGUGAAAAUACUAACAGUUAGCAUGCUAGCAAAAUAGCACCUAGCAACGAUAGCCACGACUUUUAGGUUCAUACCUAUAGCCAAAAUACUAACGUACUAACUGUUAGCAUCCUAUAUGAUAACUCUUAGCAUGCUAGUAAGAUAGCGCCAAGUAACCAGUUUUAGUUUGAUACCUACAAAACUGUGGCAGAUUUUAACAGUUAGCCUGGUAACAUAUUAACAGUUAGAACGCUAUCAAGAUAGCGUCUAGUAACAAUAUCCAUGACUUUUAGGUUCACACAAAAUUGGCUAAAAUAUUAACAGGAUUGCAUGUUUGCAUCCUCUAUGAUAACUGUUAGCAUGCUAGUAAGAUAUUGUCAAGUAACCGUAGUCAUGACUUUUAUUUUAAAGCCAACAAAAUUGGGUAAAAUUUCAACGGUUAGCAUGCUAACAUAGUAACAGUUAGAAUGCUAGCAAGAUAGCACCUGGCAUCGAUAGAAAUGACUUAAGUUUACGCCGAUAGGAUUACUCAAUAAUACUAACUGUUAGCAUCCUCUAUGAUAACUGUUGGCAUGCUAGUAAGGUAGCACCAAGGAACCAGUUUUAGUAUGAUACCUACAAAACUAUGUAUGGUUUUAACAGUUAGCAUGCUAGCAUAUUAACAGUUACAACACUAGCAAGAUAGCGUCUAGUAACAAUAUCCAUGACUUUGAGGUGCAUACCCACAAAAUUGACUAAUAUGCUAACAUAGUCAUUGUUAUCAUCCUAUGUCAACUGUUAGUAUGUUAGCACCUAGCAUGACUUGAUUUUGAAUGAAAACCCUUUGCUGUAAUUGAUAUUCCCAUGAAAUAUGUAAAACAGUCAUGCUUGAAAUCCUGAAAUUUAAAAAAAUUGAUUUAUUUCGAUUCAAAACGAAAUUGCAGUUCUACUUCCGGUUCGCAAUCUCAGUUCAAUAGAAUUUGGGGGUCAUUCCCAAGUCAAUUUGUAAUUUUGCACAAGCCUUCUGGACGUAGAUUCCUGACGCAACAAAUGGUAUGAUAUCAAAGGAGGAUUUAGAACACCGGUGAUGGUGUUUAAAGGAAACAAGAGCAACAGAAUGACGUUCUAGAAGGUCUCCACCCUGGUCUGACAACCAAACACAGGACUUCAAAGAAGACGUGACUAAUGUUCAUGUGUGCACUAUGCAUGGUACAUCAGGGUGGGACCUCAAACAUACCCUAAAAGUCCAAAUACGGUGCUGGUCCAUGACGGGUAAAUAUGAGCAGAUUUUUGUCGUGGAACCACGGUAAUGUUUCCUGGCAUUGAAGAAACGUUUAAUAAGAAAUUGGACAAAGAAAACAGAGCAUUUUCUGUGCAUGUUUUGAAAUAUAGUCUUAGGUUUUCUCUCCUCACAUCAUGUGUGGCAAGUCAACUGUGAUCCAUCUCGAGGGGACCACUGCCGGUGGUCAGUGAGUCAAGAGGAAGUCCUUGUAGCGUUGUUUCAUCCUGUGUCACUGAAAUCUUCAAUAAACUCUUCUCCCUGGAA